ACACAGAAACUCUAUCGCUCGCCAUUUUUUUCACAACCAGCAGCGCCGACUCUUCGCCUCUCUCCAAUACUCGCAAAGUUCCUCAGCUGGAGCUGCAAUGGACUGGCCAGUCAUGUCGGCGAGACGGACACUCUCUCCACUACGGAGCUUGAUCUACAGCGCCCCCAUCGACUCACCGACUCAUCGACCCGUCGACUCAACGACUCGCGACUCAUCGACCCGUCGACU